GUACCUAUAGAGCAGUAGUCCAUACAGCUUGAGGAGGUGGUGAAACUCUGUGCUAAGAUGAGCAACUGGGUGGGAAACGAAGGGCUUUCCAUCAUUGUAAUUCUGGCAUGGUUAGGAAUAAACGCAUAUCUUUUCUGGAAUUUCUACCUUGUCUAUGAUGAAGGUGUACGAUAUGUCUACUCCAGAGACCUUUAUAAGUCUGCCCUAGCUUGGGCCAGAGCUCCAGCUGCCUGCUUGAACUUUAACUGCCUUCUUAUCCUUCUUCCAGUAUGUCGCAAUCUACUUUCAUUUUUGCGUGGAUCCAGUGCGUGUUGUGGGAGAAGUCUAAGAAGACAGCUUGAUAGAAACCUCACUUUUCACAAAAUGGUUGCUUGGAUGAUUGCUUUGCAUACAGCUAUUCACACCGUGGCACAUUUGUUUAAUGUGGAAAGGCUGGUAGAUGCUCGAGUCGAGGCAAAUGGUACAAUACAAGCUUUUCUGACUGACCUUGGAGACAAUGAAGAAAAUGAAACAUAUCUCAACUUUGUUCGUUCAAGAGUGCCAAAUCCUGUAGGGGGAAUCAAUGUGGCAUUCACAUUUCUGGCUGGACUUACUGGAGUUGUGAUUACUCUUGCCUUAAUCCUAAUAAUAACUUCAUCCACAAAAAUUAUUCGCAGAUCAUACUUUGAAGUUUUUUGGUACACUCAUCAUCUUUUUGUCGUCUUCUUCAUUGGCCUUGUCAUCCAUGGAGCUGGGCGCAUAGUUCGAGGUCAAACUAGAGAGAGUCUAAAAGAACAUAAUCCAGAACUCUGUAGAGACAACUUUACAAACUGGGGAGAGAAGCCAUGUCCAAUUCCACAAUUUGAUGGAAAUGAACCAAUGACCUGGCUGUGGGUUGUAGCACCUAUGGCUCUAUAUCUCAUUGAAAGGCUCAUACGAUUUUGGAGAUCCCAGCAAAAAGUUGUGAUCACAAAGGUUGUUAACCAUCCUUUCAAAACAUUCGAGCUGCAAAUGAAGAUGAAAGGUUUCAAAAUGGAAGUUGGACAGUAUAUCUUUGUCCAAUGCCCCGCAGUAUCUAGCUUAGAGUGGCAUCCAUUCACCUUAACUUCUGCCCCUGAGGAAGACUUCUUUAGCAUUCACAUUCGUAUAGUUGGGGAUUGGACAGAGGAUUUAGCUAAAGUUUGUGGCUGUGAUAAGACAGAAUUUCAGGAUGCAUGGAAAUUACCUAAAAUUUCAGUAGAUGGGCCUUUUGGAACAGCGAGUGAGGAUGUUUUUAGCUAUGAAGUGGCUAUGUUGGUUGGAGCAGGCAUUGGAGUCACUCCAUUUGCUUCUGUCCUAAAAUCUGUCUGGUACAAGUAUUGCAAUAAUGUUUCAACCUUAAGGCUAAAAAAGAUAUAUUUGUACUGGCUGUGCCGCGACACGCAAGCAUUUGAGUGGUUUGCAGAUUUACUACAAUCAUUGGAGAAUCAAAUGCAAGAACGGAAUAAUGCAGAUUUCCUCAGCUACAACAUCUAUUUGACUGGAUGGGAUGAAACUCAGGCCACAGCUUUCUCCUUGCACCAUGACCAAGAGAAGGAUGUGAUCACUGGUCUGAAACAGAAGACCUUGUAUGGAAGACCAAACUGGGAAAAUGAAUUUAAGACUAUUGCAGGAGCACAUGCAAGCUCAAGAGUUGGUGUUUUCCUGUGUGGACCGGAAAGCCUUGCAGAGACCCUCAGCAAACUGAGCAUUGCCAACUCCAGUGUGGAUCCUAGAGGGGUGAACUUUAUUUUCAACAAAGAAAACUUCUAGUUCAGCAAAAGUGUUUCAUGUGAUACAUUACACAUACAUUAUACAUCUAUUUGGUUUUGAUUUCACAAACCUAAGGAUUUUAAUCUUUGUGCUUCAAUGACUAAGAAAAAUUGCAGCAAAACAUACAACAUGACCACAAUUUGUGGACAUAGCCCUAAAGGCAGAGGCGUAGCUAAAGGCUCAUGUGCCCUUGUGUGAGAGUUCAGCUUGGGCCCCCUUCAUUCAGUGCUUUGUGGCCAGGGGCAGGGAAGCACAUAGCCUUGCUGCCUCAGGCAAAAAUUUAAACAGUAACCCCCCCCAUACCAAAUUUUUGACCUUACCCCUUUCCUCCAGCCAGAGGUGUAACUUGACCAGUAUGCACUUUCUAUAAUACUGAUUUUUUCUUAUGCGGAACAAGGGUCUUUAGGCCCCCUCAGGCUCCUGGGCCCGGUAGCGACUGCUACCUCUGCACCUCCUAUAGCUACACCACUGCUUAAAGGGAAUCUGUCAGCAGGUUUGUACCUAUGAAUUAAAGUGGCUGACCUGCUGCA